UAGCUUCCUCCGCCUUGCUUCUUCUCCCCGAGGGUUUCUCUCUGCUGCUAUCGCUGCUUAUCCCGAGCACCGCUUCUGUGCCAUUUCUCUUCCUCUCGCCGGCGAUAUUCCGCCGCUGAGCAAGAAGUCCGAUAUCUUUCUCCGGACUUGGUUCUCACCGUAAUCUACGUUUCUCGCCUGUGUACUUCGGGUCGUUAGUUGAGUGGUGCUUGAGCCUGACAUACGACGAGAUUCUUGGGCAGCCUUUAUUUUUUUUGAUCGUGCUGAUUGCGGCAGGCAAAUAUGGCGGACGUGUCCGUUGAGGCGUUGGCGGAGCAGCUGGGGAUCGAUUAUCUGGAUAUCGAUGUCGAUUCUGUUCAACUUCCACCCGGUGAAACAGUGGGCAUCCUCAGUGAUGAUGACAAUCUUUACCAGGAAGAUGAUCUUGAGCUAGACACAGGAUUUGGUAACAUCAUAAUUGUUGAUAAUCUCCCUGUUGUUCCCCGGGAGAAAUUUGAGAAGCUCGAAGGGGUUAUCCGCAAAAUUUAUAGUCAGAUUGGUGUGAUUAAGGAGGAGGGACUUUGGAUGCCUAUGGAUCCUGAAACUCACAAAACCCUGGGUUACUGUUUCAUCGCGUACAACACUGUUCAGGAAGCUGAACUUGCGAAGGAGAAGACAAAUGGAUACAAGUUAGACAGAUCUCAUAUUUUUGCUGUGAACAUGUUUGAAGACUUUGAUCGGUUUAUGAAAGUUCCCGACCAAUGGGCCCCUCCUGAAACUAAACUGUAUACGCCUGGGGAAAAUCUUCAGCACUGGCUCACUGAUGAAAAGGCCCGAGACCAGUUUGUGAUCCGUGCUGGAUCUGAUACUGAGGUGUUCUGGAAUGAUGCGAGGCAUUUGAAGCCUGAGCCAGUGUAUAGACGUACUUUCUGGACUGAAAGCUUCGUGCAGUGGUCACCAAUGGGCACAUACUUAGCAACCAUUCAUAGGCAGGGUGCUCAGUUAUGGGGUGGUGCCUCUACCUUUAAUCGUCUCAUGCGUUAUGCUCAUCCCCAGGUCAAGCUGAUAGAUUUCUCACCUAGUGAAAAGUAUUUAGUGACUUACAGCAGUCAUGAACCAAGCAAUCCACGUGAUCCACAGAGAGUUGUUAUAAAUUUAUUUGAUGCGAGAACGGGAAAAGUCAUGAGGGACUUCAAGGGAAGUGCUGAUGAUUUCACUGUUGGAGGAACUGGUGGUGUUACAGGGGUCCCGUGGCCUGUCUUCAAGUGGGGUGGUGGAAAAGAGGACAAGUAUUUUGCCAGACUUGGGAAAAAUGUUAUCUCUGUUUAUGAAACUGAGACAUUCUCCCUCAUCGACAAGAAGUCUCUUAAAGUUGAAAAUGUGGUGGAUUUUUGUUGGUCGCCUACAGAUCCCAUUCUUGCUCUCUUUGUGCCUGAACUUGGAGGUGGAAAUCAACCUGCUCGUGUGUCCCUUGUUCAAAUGCCUGGAAAGGAAGAGCUUAGACAGAAGAAUCUUUUUAGCGUUAGUGACUGCAAGAUGUAUUGGCAAAGUAACGGGGACUACCUUGCUGUUAAGGUUGAUCGUUACACAAAAACUAAAAAGAGCACCUAUACUGGCUUUGAGCUCUUUAGAAUUAAGGAACGCGAUAUCCCAAUUGAGGUUUUAGAGCUCGAAAAUAAGAAUGAUAAGAUUAUCGCUUUUGCAUGGGAGCCUAAAGGCCACAGAUUUGCUGUCAUCCAUGGUGAUAACCCAAGGCCAGAUAUAAGUUUUUACACCAUGAAGAGUGGCAACAACACAGUUAAGGUUUCUAAGUUGACCACUCUCAAAGGGAAGCAGGCAAAUGCUCUCUUCUGGUCACCUGGUGGAAAAUACGUCAUUCUUGCUGGGUUGAAGAACUUCAAUGGGCAGUUGGAAUUUUACAAUGUUGACGAGCUCGAGACCAUGGCCACUGCUGAGCACUUCAUGGCAACAGAUAUUGAAUGGGAUCCCACGGGCAGAUAUGUUGCAACUGUCGUAACUUCAGUUCAUCAUGAGAUGGAGAACGGUUUCAAUAUAUGGUCCUUCAAUGGCAAGCUUCUCUACCGCAUUAUGAAGGAUCAUUUCUUUCAGUUCUCAUGGAGACCGAGGCCGCCAUCAUUCUUGAGCCCGGAGAAGGAGGAGGAGAUUGCGAAGAACCUGAAGAAGUACAGCAAGAAGUAUGAGGCGGAGGAUCAGGAUGUGUCAUUGCAGUUGAGCGAGCAGGAUCGUGAGAAGCGGAGGAUGCUGAAGGAUGAGUGGGAGAAGUGGGUCAGCAGGUGGAGGCAGUUGCACGAAGAAGAGAAGAUGGAGAGACAGAAGCUCAGGGACGGAGAGGCGAGUGACGAAGAGGAAGAGUACGAGGCCAAGGAGGUCGAGGUCGAGGAGUUGUUGGAUGUCACCGAGGAGAUUCUAGCCGAUGACUGAUAAGAACGGCCGAGCUUUUGUUUUUCAUGUGUUUCCCCCCUUGGGGUUAGCUCUUUUGUUUAGAUUUUAGAGUUUUGUUUUGUAAUCUUCAAAAUCAAUGAAUCGACUGUCUUUUUGAUCCUUACACUGUUAAUUAAUUCGACGAGAUUUGACGCUUAGCA